AAAUAAAAAGCGGUCUGAACAGCAAAGAAACCCGGAAUUUCCCAGUGUCCCUCCCCUCUGUGUCACCGCCGCACUAUCUCAAAAUAUUAUCUCGCAGAAAAAGCUUCGUAAUAGUAGAUAAAUCGCUGUCUAAGAAAUCAGCAAAAAUGUUCCACCUCAUGAAUCAUCCAUCGUACGGCGGAUGUAUAGAUGGAAGACCGAUCCUAAUCACUGCUGUGGCAGUUGUGAGGACCACUACACGCCAGAAUGAUCAAUCAAUUUGCAUUAUUUUCGGGUGGCAAAAAGACACCAAGUAAGUAAGUUAGUAAGUAACUAUUGGACAGCAAGAGACUUUAGGACUGGAGGACGUGAAAUUCUCACGUACUUCUUAUCAAUCGAGCGAUAUUGGGUUCGCUAGUAAACAUAUGUAGUACAUCUGACCAAAGCACCGAUUGCGGCUAAAUGUUCAACAUAAGCAAAGGGCGGACCUGCCACGCGUCCAUUGAACGAGAGUCCGUUCAACUGGCAACAACGUGAAGGCGGCUUCAGAAGAGCUCCAUUCAUAAGGUUCCAUUAGCGGAAACAAGAUAAAUCGUAUCGCUAUCGGACGCAAUCAGGCGCAGAAACAGAAACAGACGCAGACGCCUUGUUAAAUUACGAGCAGCCAUAAAAACAAGGCUGUUCCAUCGGGAAUUCCAUCAUAAGCGAAUUAUUAAUUAUGUCACAGCUGUACGAACUGUCGGAGGUGGCCGAGCAGAAUGGCAAGAAGGGGAAGCCCUGCUGGAUCAUCAUCAAGGGCAACGUUUACGAUGUGACCAAGUUCCUGAGCGAGCAUCCGGGCGGGGAGGAUCUGCUGCUCGAAUACGGCGGCAAAGAUGCCAGCAAGGCCUUCAGGCAAGCCGGACACUCGUCGGAUGCCGAAAAGGAUUUGAAGAACUUUAAAAUUGGUGAACUUCGAGCGAUUACAACUCCGACAACGACAACGACAACGACGGCGCCCAUUCAAGUGCAGCCUACGUUGAAGGACCAGGACAAGGAGAAGAGGGUCAGCAGUCCAGUACCUGCGGACGAUGCGGAACCGAUGAAGAAGAGCUCUGGCUUCCUCUGUUGCUGCUAGUGGAUAGUGUAGAAACGUAGGAAGUACAAUUGGAAGUUAAAGGUCAAAUAAUUGAUUUAUUAACAUAAUUAAUUAGUGUAAUUAACGUUUAGCUAGGAUACGACCUCUCUCAUCCCAUCCGCAUUUAGAGCUAAGCAAACAAAAGUCGCCAUCGCCUAAGCCUAAGAAGAUCUAAGAACUCUGCUUACCUCGAUCAAAUAAAUUGCAAUUACAGAUUCAACCAA